GAUCUUCGAAAUGCAGCAACCAGGCUCGGAUUACAUCACCAUCUUGCUGCUGGGCCUAGUCUGCUCCCUCAGCGUUGGUGAAGCAGCCAGCAGACAGCUGCAGAUUUACGACAUGGAUAUGGACAAUGAAGUGUCAGGAAACACCACCGAAGGCCACCAGCACAGUCCUGCCCUGACGCUGGAGAGACCUCUGAGCUGGCUGAAGCAGGCCCAUAGCAUGUUCGGCAGUCCCGCCGGUCAUGUGGUCAUCCAGAUGGCCAAGGAGCUUCUUCACCGCUCCGCGGGCAACAGUCAAGUGCUCAGCCUGAAUCUCACCAAUUUGCUGAUCAUCAUACUGCUCAAGGUGCUCAUCUUUUCUGCUGGGAUACUCGGAGCAGGACAUUGGAGUGGCUAUGGCCAUGGCUAUGGUCGCUCCACCGGACGCAGCGACAAUGCGUAUGGCAUGGGCCUGGAAUCGGGUGAUGACUACAUGAUAAUGGGCUUCCUGGCCGCCCAGGGAGCCGGUCGCGACGAGUGUCUCUAUGCGGCGGCCUGUGCCUGCCCCAAUGCAGCCUAUGAGUACGCCAAGGCGGGACGCGCCCUCCUGGGUGCCAUCGAAGUGUUCGAGGGGGCACCCGCAAAGAAGCCUCGCUACAACGAUCUAAUUGUGCUGAUGGAACGCGCCGCCUACGAUGGCUAUCGAGGCGUGGCCUGCAACACUACCCAAACAUGUGAUGGGCUUCUAUGAGACCCCAUCCGAUCCUGGCUAUUAUUAGUGGAUAUUUAUGUGUAUCUUUAAAUUUAUUUUAUUAUGUUGUAGUACAAAAUG